CCAGCCUCGUCUCUCUGCUCUCUCGAGCUUGGCGUCGGCAGCCCCUCAACCUCACCUCGUCACUCUCUCGUCUCUCCCCUCACCUCGUCGCUCUCUCGGUGUCUCACCGUGCCCCUGCGUUCGCUUCGUCGGAACCAGUGAAGCAGCAUCUUCUCCCUCGGGUGGUGGUGGUGGUCGUCUUCUCAACCAGUUAUGACCGGGUUACCGGGUGAAUCAGUGAUCCACUGGUUGAACCAGUGAUCCGGUGACCCGGUCAUAUGACCGGGUUGAUUACCGGUUCGGUUCUGAUGGAACCUUCUCUCUUAGUCGGUCAUUGCCUUUCGUUGUUACUUCGUGGCAGGUGCAAGUUUUCAGGCCCAAUUUGAAUUCCUAUCACUAUGAAUAUUGAUUUUUUCAAGCGUGACAUUGAUGAACUAAUUGGUGAAUUCACUCAGAAUGAGUCAACUACUUUGGCUGAUAUGAAGAGAGUAUGGCUUUCUAAGAAGUUCUCCUACAUUUAUGAAUCUAGUCCUGCUAGCAACCUUGCCUUCUUCAUGCAAUCUCUGUAUGCUCAAUGUAUAAGUUACAUGUGUGGUACUGCUUCUUUAUCACAAAGAUUGGGCGGCCUUUAUUGCCUCUACUGUCUUUAUGAGACUCAACCAUUUAAACCUCCUUUCAAAGUCUAUCUAUCCCUUGGAGAGGUAAAGAAACUCAGAACCCUUGUGGUGGAUGCAAAAGCAAACGAUAUUAAAGUGGUACCAACUUUGGUAAAAAGAAUGUUGGGUAGAAACAUGUUCCUUUUUGGUGCUGUUGACUUAACGGAGGAUUCCGUCAGAGAGACAGUUAACGAACUACAACAAUUGCAGAAUGCUCGUAUCAAACUUGCAUAUGAAAAAUUAUUUCAUAGCACACCAAUUGACAACUAUGUUCACAUGGACCUUGGCAUGGAAGUUGACCUUGGAAAGCUGCAGAAAAUGUCAUCCGAAUAUGCCCAGGCCAAGAAUGUAGCCAUUGCAGAAGCAAGUAAUGUUUUAGAUGUUACAAACAUAAAGCACCUAUCAGAAGAUAAGGAACUCAUAGGAGAUGUUGUGAAAAAGAUCACUGACGACUGGAACGAACAGAAAGAAAAUUUUUAUAAACAAACUGGAUGCGGAGAGGAUGAAAUGGAUGACCAGGAGCUGCAACAACUACUUCUGGACGACAACGAGGAUAAUGAAGAUUGAACUAUUGAAGGCAAACAUUUGAGCUGGAGUUCCUGAAUAAUAUGUGGAAUUCAUGCUUUACAGGGGAAUUAUGGCCUUAUAGGCCCUUUUGUUUUUUCUUCCAAUCUAAUCCACUUUGGUAUAACGAUAUGUUCUGUUCUUCCCUUGUUGCCUUGUUAGCUAUUUAUUGGAGGCAGAAGCUAAGCUGCAAAGGCACAGGAAAAGUUCACCAUAAUGUACAUAUAUGUGUAAAUAUUAGCAUGAGGAUAUGUCAAAAUUUCUCAACUUUGAUAGCCAAAAAGGAAAAUAUGAAGUGUGUUUACCUUUAAAUAUUUCAGUUAAAAAAAAAUAGACAUAAAUAUUUCAGUAAAUUCAGAUCACAAGUUCUUUUUACCGACUGGAUCUAAUGGUUAAUAUUUAAUAAAACAUUGUAGUUUUGUCGCUUAAA